CCUGCAUUGAAGUUCUUUUGCAUCUCUUAUUAGCAGCAACUAAAAAAAGAACACCAAACAGUACUUGUUGAAUCACAAAGAAGCAAAACUGCCAUGGAAGUUGAAAUAAUUUACAAAGAUUGCAUUAAACCCUCUUCACCCACACCCCCUCACCUGAAAAUGUACAACAUUUCUCUACUAGAUCAAUUCACAGCUUUUGUUUAUGUUCCUAUGAUCCUUUACUAUUCAAACCCAGACAAUGACCUAAUUCCUUCCAAGAAAACACUGAUUCUAAAACGAUCAUUAUCUCAAACCUUAACACAGUUUUAUCCACUUGCAGGGCAGAUCACAGAUGAUCUUUCAGUUGAAUGUAAUGAUGAAGGUGUUUUAUAUUUAGAGGCCAGAGCAAACAUUUCUCUGUCUGAAUUUCUCCAACAUCCUGAUAUCACAUCACUACAUCAAUUCUUACCAAAUAAAUCUUUAUUACAUUCACCAACCUCGGGUUCUUAUGUUGCCAUGAUUCAAGAAACAACCUUCGCUUGCGGUGGCUUCACCCUCGGAAUCAAUGUUCUACACUUGGUCAUGGAUGGUUGCGCUUUAGCUUCAUUUCUACGAGCUUGGGGAGCCAUGGCUUACGAUGAAUCUCAAAAGAAGAUGAUCCCAAGUUUUCAUGGCCCGUCUAUUUUUCCAAAAGACAGGAAUUUUCCAGGAGAUGCAAAUAUGAUUGCUAUAUUCAGCAAUUUUAUCAGAGUUGAGAAAAUGAAGGCAGCAAGAUUUGUAUUCGACGGAUCUGCCAUUGCUAAUCUUAAAGAGAAAGUAACAAACUCUGGUGUGAAAAACCCUACUCGUGUCGAAGUGGUGUCUGCCCUUCUUUCCAAGAGCCUGAUGCUAGCUUUCGAAUCGAAAUCUGAUAAUAAUAAUAACCCAUUACCAUUAGCAAUCGUUCACGCUGUAAAUGUUCGCCGGAGAAUGCUUCCGCCUUUCCCGGAAUGUUCAAUGGGGAACUUUAUCUGCUUGGCAGAUACAAUAAUAUCCGGCUCUUCUAAGGAAACACAACUAAGCAGCUUCGUGUGCCAAUUGAAAGAAGCCAUUGCCGAGAUCGAUAGCAGUUAUGUGAAGAGCAUACAAGGAGACGACGGAUUCAUAAAGUUUUACGAGAAGAUUAAAAAGAUGAAUAGUGCAUUUACGAGCACAUCAAUUUGUAAUGGUGUGGACUAUGUUGGGUUCACCAGUUGGUGCGGUUUCUGUCUUUACGAGGUUGAUUUUGGAUGGGGAAAGCCUAUUUGGACAUCUUAUGCCGAAUCUUAUGGAAAUGGUGAAGAUGCUUUCGCUAAUCAUGUAAUUCUCAUGGAUGCGAGAACUGGAAAUAAUGGGAUAGAGGCAUGGGUUUUUUCAGAUGAAGGAACCGUAAUUAUGUUAGAGAAAGACCAAGAGCUUCUAAAAUAUGCUUACCUUAAUCCAACUCCUUUAUUUAAUUAAUUUAAAUAUUGCAACUCUUUUUAGCAUAAGAUCAAAGACGAAGUAACAUAUCAAUGAUGUAUGAUUUUUGUUUCUCAUAUCAAAAUUGUAAAACUAGUUUCGUCUCCACUUGAAUAAACAUCCGGAGAAGACUAGUUUUGGUAUUCCACCA